GCCAGAUUCGACUUUUAAAAAUGUCUGCCUUAACGUUACUGCGCCGUGUUGUCGGUGAACAAAUAUUUAAUUCUUUUGCUAAAUCGACACCGAUCUCCUGUCAAUUACAAUCUAAAAGAAAUCGUUGGAAAUUAGUUAAACUUCCAGAACCAGAUGAUCCAAGAACGUAUUUUAAAAGAAUCGUACAUUACACAGAUGAGUAUACGAUUGAACCAUUAAAGGUUACAAAUUUAGGUGGCAGAGAUCCUGUAACAGGAAGAGUAGUAGUGAAAGGUCUCGGUGGUGGUAUAAAACAUAAAUAUCAUUGGAUUAAAUGGACAAGAGAUGGUCCUAGUGAUUUAAACGAGAAACCUAAAGAGGAAAGAGUUCUUGAAGUUUUUAAGGAUGGUUGCAGGACGUCUUUUGUUGCACUUGUUGGUUCUGGUGAUGAAUUGAAAUACAUUUUAGCUACAGAAAAUAUGAAACCUGGUGAUAUAAUAAGAACACACAGGGGUAUUCCACGUAAUCCUGUAAGAGCAAAUGAAGGGGAUGCUUAUCCUUUAGGUGCUUUACCAAUUGGCACCAAUGUAUGUUGCGUUGAACGAAAUCCUGGAUCAGGAUCAAAAUAUAUACACUCGGCUGGAACCACAGGUAAAAUAAUUCAAGCUGAUGGUCCAGAUAGGAUGGUUGUUCAAGUACCUAGCAAGAGAAAGUUUAGUUUUGAUAGUAGAUGUAUGGCAGUGGUAGGACGUUUGUCAAAUAUCUUGCACGGUUCUACGCCAAUUGGUAGCGCUCAAAAAAAUCGCGAACUUGGUAAUCGUCCAAGUAGUGGUCUUUGGCAACGAAAAACUGGAAGAUUUGGAAGGAAGAUAAAACCACCGAAAAAAGUUCAAAAGGUUGAUGAUAAAGGUAGGAUUGUUCCAACUAAACCGAUUGUUUGUAAUUUACAUGGUCUUAGUUAAAUCACGUUAUAUUUAUAUUAACCUUAUGAUAAAAAAAAAUAUACAUAUAUGUAUAAUAUAAGCAUAUAUAUAUAUA